AUGCAGCGCGCUGUGACGAUGAAGGAUGUUGCACAAAAGGCAGGCGUGUCGGUUAUGACCGUCAGUCGUGCAUUCAAGCAGCACGCCUCCGUGGGUGAGGCAACCAGAAAGCGCAUUCUUCAGAUUGCCGAGGAUCUCGGCUAUGUCUUUGACAGUAACGCUGCAACAUUCCGGUCUCAAAGAACCGGUUUCGUUGCAGUGGCCAUUCCCUCGAUCAACAACGCCAAUUUCGCUGAUACCGUGGGAGCCAUGUCCGAAGCUCUCAAGGAUGAAGACCUUCAGGUUCUUCUGGGCUACAGCAACUACGAUAUUCACGAAGAAGAAGGCAUCGUUGAGCAGUUCCUGAAACGCAGGCCCGAGGCAAUCGUGCUGACGGGCGGGCGGCAUACGCCGAGAACUCGUCAAUUGCUUGAACGGGCAAAAAUUCCGGUGAUCGAGACCUGGGACCUGCCGGAUGAUCCGAUUGAUCAUGUCGUCGGCUUUUCCAAUGCGGCAACCAUGCAUGAUCUUGUCCGGCAUCUUGUCGGAACCGGGCGGUCCCGGAUUGCCUUUAUCGGCGGUGAUACCGAUGGCGAUACCCGGGGAGCAGACCGGCGGCGCGGCUUCAUGGCGGCAAUGGAAGAGCAGGGCCUGUCGAGCGAACGGCUGAUCGGUGCGGGUGACCCGCCGAUCUCGAUGCGGGAAGGGGCUGCCGCCAUGUCGCGGUUGCUGCGUGAACACCCGGAUACCGAGGCGGUCGUAUGCGUAUCCGACCUGUCGGCUUUCGGUGCCCUGACCGAGUGUGCCCGCAAGGGCGUGAAGGUACCGGACGAUAUUGCGAUUGCGGGAUUUGGCGCCUACGACAUUUCGUCUAUCUGCGUCCCGACGCUGACGACGAUCAAUCCUCAUCCGGAGGAGAUAGGCCGGAAAACCGGCGAGCUGAUCAGAACGCUGCUUAGGGGUGAGGGCACCGGUACUGAGGGUGCCAUCCGGAUCGGGAUUGAACCGCAGCUCAGUGUCGGUGAAUCGAGUACGUGA